ACGGGAGCUCUACACACAGCCUCAGAAGAAAGAAGUCGAACGACUUAUUUGGGAGGGAAAGAAAAGGAGCCUGUAAGUUGAGAGCGCGCGGGCGGCCCGAGCCUCGGCGGCGGCGGCGGCGACGGCGGCGGCGCUGACACCUCCCACCAUGGACAGCUUCGACUUAGCCCUGCUCCAGGAAUGGGACCUCGAGUCGCUGUGUGUCUAUGAACCAGAUAGAAAUGUGUUACGGAGGAAAGAACGAGAAAGAAGAAAUCAGGAAACUCAGCAGGAUGAUGGCGCAUUUAAUUCGAGUUACUCCCUUUUCAGUGAACCCUACAAGACGAACAAGGGAGAUGAGCUCUCCAACCGGAUCCAGAAUACUUUAGGCAAUUACGAUGAAAUGAAAGACUUUUUAACUGAUAGAUCUAAUCAGAGUCAUCUCGUUGGCGUUCCCAAACCUGGGGUUCCUCAGGCUCCUGUGAACAAGAUCGAUGAACAUUUUGUUGCAGAUUCAAGAGCCCAGACCCAGCCCUCAUCUGUCUGUAGCACUGCAUCUUCCACACCAGCAGCUGUCCCCGUGCAGCAGAGUAAGAGGGGCACCAUGGGCUGGCAGAAGGCUGGGCACCCACCAUCAGAUGGCCAACAGAGAGCAAGUAAGCACGGACCCAGGUUGCUUGAUUUGAACAGAUCUGCUAACCCAAAGAACCAUAAUAAAAAACCUAACCACUCUGUGUCGAGCCCCUCAUCCUCAUCUUCCUCUUCUUCUUCUUCUUCCAACUCAGCACAAGGCUCUCUCAGGACCUUGCUUGGAGAUGGUGUUGGCAGACAGCAGCCACGAGCCAAGCAAGUGUGCAAUGUAGAGGUGGGUCUUCAGACCCAGGAAAGGCCACCUGCUAUGGCAGCCAAGCACAGCAGCAGCGGACACUGUGUUCAGAACUUUCCUCCAUCCCUGGCUUCAAAACCCAGCCUGGUUCAGCAGAAACCAACUGCAUAUGUGCGGCCGAUGGACGGCCAAGAUCAGGCUCCUGAUGAGUCUCCAAAGCUUAAGUCAUCCACAGAAACCAGUGUGCACUGUACAUCAUACAGGGGAGUCCCAGCCACCAAGCCAGAGUCCACCAGAGCCAAGGCCAAGCUGUCCAAGUUCAGCAUCCCCAAGCAAGGAGAGGAGAGUAGAUCUGGAGACACAAACAGCUGUGUUGAAGAAAUAAUUCGGGAGAUGACCUGGCUCCCACCACUUUCUGCUGUUCAAGCACCUGGCAAAGUGGAACCAAGCAAAUUUCCAUUUCCAAAUAAGGACUCUCAGCUUGUUUCCUCUGGACACAAUAAUCCAAAGAAAAGUGAUGCUGAGCCAGAGAGUCCUGACAAUGGCACAUCGAAUACAUCCUCUCUGGAAUGGUUAUCCCCAUUUACAGAUAAGGGAAAUGAUGCACAGAGAGGAAUGCUAGAAGAUGACCUUAAGCUAAGUAGUGAUGAAGAGGAGAAUGAACAGCAGGCAGCCCAGAGAACUGCUCUCCACGCUCUGUCUGACAGCGCCGUGGUCCAGCAGGCCAACUGCAGAGCCUCUGUGCCUUCCAGCAAGGGCAGCAGCAGCGGCAGCAGCAGCGGCAGCAGCAGCUCCUCCAGUGACUCAGAGAGCAGCUCGGGAUCUGACUCGGAGACGGAGAGCAGUUCCAGCGAGAGUGAGGGCAGCAAGCCUCCCCACUACUCCAGCCCCGAGGCCGAACCAGCGUCCUCUAACAAGUGGCAGCUGGAUAAAUGGCUGAACAAAGUUAAUCCCCACAAGCCGCCUAUCCUGAUCCAAAAUGAAAGCCACGGGCCAGAGAGCAAUCAAUACUACACCCCGGCCAAAGACGAAGUGCAGGACUGUGGGAAACUUCCCGACGGUUGCCAAACCAGCCUGAGAGAGAAGGACCUCAAGAGCACCUGCAAGGAGGAGCAGAGGCCAAGGACAGCGAACAAGGCCCCGGGGAGCAAAGGAGUGAAGCAGAAGUCUCCACCUGCGGCCGUGGCCGUGGCCGUGACCACAGCUGCCCAGCCGCCCGCUGUACCCGGCACACCCGCCGAGAGCGCACCGGCGCCUGCGCGGAGGUCUGCGGGCAAGAAGCCCACCAGGCGCACGGAGAGGACCUCUGCCGGCGACGGUGCCAACUGCCACCGGCCCGAGGACCCAGCAGCCACCGACGCGCUGGGGGCAAGCGUGGUGAUCCCCCCGGAGCCCACCAAAACCAGGCCCUGCGGCAACAGCAGAACGAGCCACCGCAAGGAGCUGCGCUCCUCCGUGACCUGCGAGAAGCGCCGCACGCGGGGGCUGAGCCGCAUCGUCCCCAAAUCCAAGGAGUUCAUAGAGACAGAGUCGUCAUCUUCGUCCUCCUCCUCGGACUCAGACCUGGAAUCGGAGCAGGAGGAAUACCCUCUGUCCAAAGCGCAGGCCGUGGCCGCCGCAGCCGCCGCCUCGGGGAGUGAGCAGAGACUAAAGGAGGCUGCCAACAGCAUCAGCAGCGGUGGGGGCCCCCGGGCCCCCGUAGGCUCCAUCAACGCCAGGACCACCAGUGACAUUGCCAAGGAGCUGGAGGAGCAGUUCUACACACUGGUCCCUUUCGGCCGGAAUGAACUUCUCUCCCCCUUGAAGGACAGUGAUGAGGUCAGGUCUCUCUGGGUCAAAAUUGACCUGACCCUCCUGUCCAGGAUCCCAGAACACCUGCCCCAGGAGCCGGGGGUCUUGAAUGCUCCUGCAGCCAAGGACGCUGAGAGUGCACAGCCCAGCCAUCCAUCUGACACUCCUGCCGAAAAGGCUUUGCCAAAAUCCAAGAGGAAACGCAAGUGUGACAACGAAGAUGACUAUAGGGAGGUCAAGAAGGCCCAGGGAGAGAAAGAGAGCUCUUCACGACUGACUGCCUCUGCCAAUAAUACUUUAUCCACGAACCACUGCAGCAUGAACAUCAACAGCUUGGCAAUACCAAUAAAUAAAAAUGAAAAAAUGCUCCGGUCACCCAUCUCGCCCCUGUCUGAUGCAUCUAAACACAAAUACUCCAGCGAGGACUUAACUUCUUCCAGCAGAUCAAAUGGCAACGGUUUGUUCACUUCCGCCUCCUCCAACAAAAAGCAUAAGGCUGAGAACCAGCUGCAGUCCCAUGCCGGAGACCUCACAAAAGCCGCUCACAACAAUUCCGAAAACGUUCUCCACAAGUCACGGCCACAAACAGAGCCAUGGUCUCCAGGUUCCAACGGCCACAGGGACUGCAAGAGGCAGAAACUUAUCUUCGAUGAUAUGCCACGCAGUGCAGAUUAUUUUAUGCAGGAAGCUAAACGGAUGAAGCAUAAAGCAGAUGCAAUGGUGGAAAAGUUUGGAAAGGCUUUGAAUUAUGCUGAAGCAGCUUUGUCAUUUAUUGAGUGUGGAAAUGCAAUGGAACAAGGCCCAAUGGAAUCCAAAUCUCCCUAUACAAUGUAUUCGGAAACAGUUGAGCUCAUCAGGUAUGCUAUGAGACUAAAAACCCAUUCAGGCCCUAAUGCCACACCAGAAGACAAACAAUUGGCCGCAUUAUGUUAUCGAUGCCUGGCUCUCCUGUACUGGCGGAUGUUUCGACUCAAAAGGGACCACGCUGUGAAGUACUCAAAAGCACUUAUCGACUAUUUCAAGAAUUCAUCUAAAGCUGCCCAAGCCCCAUCUCCAUGGGGAGCCAGUGGAAAGAGCACUGGAACCCCAUCCCCCAUGUCUCCCAACCCCUCUCCGACCAGCUCCGUGGGAUCUCAGGGGAGCCUCUCCAAUGCCAACACCCUGUCCCCUUCCACCAUCGUCAGCAUCCCACAGCGCAUCCACCAGAUGGCAGCCAACCACGUCAGCAUCACCAACAGCAUUCUCCACAGCUAUGACUACUGGGAGAUGGCGGACAACCUGGCCAAGGAAAACAGAGAAUUCUUCAACGACCUGGAUUUGCUCAUGGGGCCUGUCACCCUGCACAGCAGCAUGGAGCACCUGGUCCAGUACUCCCAGCAGGGCCUGCACUGGCUGCGGAACAGCACCCACCUGUCAUAGGGAACUUGCCCCUGAGCUGGAUUGUGCUCUCAUCUCCAUGGACGGCUCAAUGUUUCUGGACACUGUGCUACUGAAAUUCCCAGCCACAGCAUUUAUCGAACUGCGGUGAAUAUUUUCUCAGCAUCGAACAAUGGUCUUUUCCCAGGGCAUGUGUGUUUGUAUGUGUGGGCAUAAAAGAAGUUGCCUGUGUAUGUGUGUAAGAUAUACAGCUCUUUAAAAUACAUUUUUGUCUAGUUUUCAUAAUCCCAAGCUAGACAAAGUGAUCAGAGGUUUCUGAUUAGAGAAUAUACACUUACACACAUGCACGCACGCACAAAAUCACACACACACACACUUUCUAUUUCAAAGCUAAACCAUGACUUCUUAGAACAUUCAACCAAAAUCUCAUGGGUUAGUUAACCAGGUGCAAUACAGCACACCAAAAGCUUGACUGCCAGUUAAGAUGAACCUAGUUCUUAUACUGUUGAUUACUUUCAGUAUUAAUAUACUAUUCCCCAAUUAAUUUUUGAUUGUGUGUAUUAUGGAUAAUUGAAUAACGAAAAAAGUCAGUUAUUUUUGUGCUGGACGUUUACUAGAUUGCAUGUUACCAAAUACCUUGCCUUUUGUCUAACACGCACCCUUCCAUCCAACUUUAUUAUCAACUAAAUGCGUUAUAAGCAAAUGGAUCAAAUCCCACAGGCCUUCCCUGCCCUGCCCCCCAAAUCAUAUGAAAAUGGCACUGGGAUUUGGUAACAACAGUGUCAUUGAAAGCUGACCAACAAGAACAGACAACUGAGCUUGGAGCUCAGUUGGGAAUUGAAACCUUCUGCACGUGGAACAGUAAGCCUGCCCAGCCCACGUGUGUUUUCUUCCUGCCACUGUGACACAGCAGCCAUAGAGCCACAUGGCAUUUGUCAGCCAAUAUGUUUCAAGUCUUUUCUUCCCACGAUAGCUUUCUUGCAAAUUUUCUUGGCCAAAUGGGACAUUACCUAGAACGUCUCUUCACUAGGAGUCUGUAUCUGCUGCUUAUCAGGCUGAGAAAUAUUUGCUAUCGUGAGACUGUCUCACCCUCUCACUCUUUGUGCAGAAUGCAGGCCUCUAAUAGCAUUUUGAUCUGGGGGGAUAUGUUUCAGGCUUUGAUUUGCAAGCUGCUUAUUGUGCGGGGUGAGUUAUUUUUGCAAUGAUCACAACCCUAUUUGGGGUAGCAACGACUAGAACAUCAUGUUUGCAUCCUGUACGUCUGGUAUGUUUACGUCUUGCCCUUGAUUCUUUUCUUUUCAAUUAAGUUUACAUUUUAGUUUUUUGACAUCUUGUUUACAGUCUUUGUAUGAAACUUACUUCUUUUAUAGUCUCUUGUCAUGCCCUAGAUUUAGUCUUCUUGUUAAAUAUAUUUGAAUAUAAAAAAUACUGGUAAGAAGAAAAACUUCUGCAAAAGAGGAUAUACCUUGCCAUGUCCUUAAAAGCAAAACUAAUGUGCUUGAAGCCUCUCACUUGACAGAAUUGCACCAGAGUCAAUGAGAAAGAGUCAGGUGAUGCAGUAUGUGGAAUGCUCCAUUUUCCAAGGUGAUGCUGGCACAAAACAGUUAUAGUAGAUUGUGAUAUAUGCUUUCCCUGAUGCUCUUACUGCUUUGGUUGUAAUGUUAACAUUUUUGUCACCUGAUCUGUAGAUGGGAAAUAAGACUGCUGUCAUUCUAAGCACUGAUUCAAAACUGUACAAAUGAUUGAACAACUUAGGUGAUUUGAAAUGAAUUUAAAGUGAAGGGUCUGAAGUGAAAUGAAGCCAGUGAAGGGUUUGUGAAAUUUGCAUUUGGCUUUGGCCCUGAAAUGUUACCAGUAUUUCUAUUUUACAUUUGUCCAACUGUGGGGCGCCUCACAUCCCUUUCACUAGCUAUUGGCAGAGUUUGCGAUCCCAUCCUAUGUUGGAAAUUUGAGUCUAACUUGGGAAAUUUUGGAUUUUUUUUUUUUUUGGAGGACUAAAGCUUAGUUCUAGUUACCCUUGAUGAAUCCUGAUGAAAUGUUGAAACUGUCAAAGGGAUGAACCUCAGGGUCCAUCGUGCAUCCCCUGGGUGCUUUCUGGCCCUGCCCAUCCUCAAAGCCACGGGUCUUGUAGCGGCCCAUAACGUGCUUACCCACAAAACCCCAUGUAGACCCACAGGAGGCCCCUGACUGAUUGUGCCCACAGCAUUUUAUCAGCACUUACGUGGCCCGUGUUCCGCAAAAAAAAAAACACUUGGAAGUCGACAUCUUGGAGAUGGUCAGAGCAUGCAGUUCCUCUCCCUGUCUUUGAUCUCAUCAACUGACCACGUGAGGGCAGCAGUUUUUGUUGGCUUUGGCAUAGAUGAUUUUGGUAAGGAACCAUCUUCUGACUGUUACUUGUGAAAGUCAUUCAUGACUUAUUCCUUUUAUUUAGCUUUGUUCAAAGUAGAAAUACCUUUCUUGUGUUUUUGGAUUAUAAAAGUAAUACAUGCUCAUUGUAAAGAUUCAAACAAUACAGCAAUGUAGAAAGUAGAAGGUAGCAAGUCCCAUCCCUGAAAGACAACCACUGUUGACAGUCUCAUGUAUAUUUUUCCACAGAUGCUCCCAUUUAAACAUACUAUCAUUUUUUUCUCUUUGAAGACAUAUAAUUUCCUCAGAAGUUCAACAUAAGUUCGACUGACCUUAUCCUUCCAUGACCUGAGUGGAUGCCUUCCUUUAUUACAAUGUUAGAGUUACCUUUGAAAGUAACCCAAAUAUAUUCCUGAUCAAAAUUUGGGAUUUGUUACUACUCUCUACAGAGAUCAGACUUAUGUGAAGGAGUGUGCCUAGAAAGUGAGGUUUGGUUAAAACAGAUAUUUCUGGAAACUUGCAGAUUGCAGACAAAAACUCGGACCCCCUAUCUAAAGAAGAAUGUACUGGAAAAAUAAUCUGAAGAGUUGACAAAUUGUGUGCUAGAUCGAACACAUGGAAUGCAAUGCAAUGAGAUUUUCUGCACUAAAACUUAUCCUAGUAUGUAAAACAAUGAUGUGUGUAUUAUAUAACAGUGAUGUGUACAUUUCUGACAUCCCAUACAUGAUAUACACAGUUUGUAUAAAUGCAUACAUUUAAAAAUAUAUAUGUACAAUACAGCUAACAUAAAACUGUAGUAUGCCUGAAGGAUAUUACUAGUGCCUAACAUUGAGUAUAAGUCGCUGCGUGUUCGCAUCACCUUGGAAGUGCAGUAAUUGUUAAAACUUAAUCAGUGCAGCCAACAUUAUUUAUGAAUCACAUCUUUGAAACUGUGCAGUAGUAUAUACAUAUAUAUUUUUAAAUAACAUUUUUCACAGUUUUCCAGAGUUACUGUUGAAACCUGUAUCACCAAAAAAAAAGCAAAACAAACAAAAAAAAAAAGCAAGAUUUUUUUAAUGAUGUAGACACUCUUCAGACCCAGUAAUCUGUGUGUGAUUUCCUGUUUGUAGAUACCCAAGAGACUUUAGCAGUCACCAGCCUUAAUGCAUGUACAGGAUAUUAUUGUGACUUAAUUUAUCUGCAGUUUUUAAUCCAUGUGAAAUUGGAAUUUAUAAACUGACUUGGAUUAAAUAUGUCUGCCUUUCUAAGGUUGCAAAUGUUACAUUAAAUGACUUAUGUUGUAAAUGAGAGAAACCGAGUUGUAUGUAAAAAAAAAAAAUGUCCACCAAUUUCUGUGAAUAUUUUUACAAGGAAACUUCAGAAUCAAAAUACGUUCAAAUAAGAA